AUGUUGCUAAAUCAAACUAACAAACCAAAGACGACAACAGGAGUGAGGAAGAAUAAGAAAAGCAAUUAUUGUUGUUUUAUUCUUGCUGGGGUAAUCAUAAUUUCUUUGACAGUUUAUUUUCUUCCGAUAUGCGGGGGAUUUAUUCGAUUCAGACAGAAACGAAACUUCACUUUAUCUCCAAAACUUAAUAACAACAAGAAACAAAGAAAAGACGAUAAACAAGCAAAAGCAGACAAGUUUUUCUUGUCAUAUCUUAAUGGAAAUGAUUAA